AACCGCUAUACCCACAUUAAUCCAAUAAAUGUGAUCGAAAUUACAUAAGACAGGGCAAUAAACAUUCUGUACUCGCGGGAAAUUUAGUCCCUUAUUCGAUUUACCGCGUGAUAGAGGGUUAAAUGGAAAGAUAAUUCGUUUUCAAUAUAAUAAUCUGGAACAUGCGCCACCUUGUAGGCUUUGCUGUAUAUAAGCUGAACAAAUUUUUACCACCACUAGUCUCACGUUGAACACGACAAAGUCAACACCAUGCAACUUGCUUUUGCCAAAGUUUUAACCGUCUGCAUUGUUGUCAUAAUCCUGGCAAGCUGGAUAGAAAUGACCGAGGCAACUUACAGAAAACCACCAUUCAACGGAUCAAUUUUCGGAAAAAGAGGCGCAACUAUUGAGUACGACAGUGCCAGCAAGGCACUUUCCGCAAUGUGCGAAAUCGCAAGUGAGGCCUGCCAGACUUGGUUUCCCACUCAAGAGAAAUAAAAACUCUACUGGACGACACUCACGAGAAAAUGGUACUCAUCCUUUAUAUAUCUUAAUUUUCUAAUGGCAAAAAUGUAGUAAAGUAGUCAAAUAAAAGCAAAUG